AUGGCUGCUCAACAUGGACGCCAGUGGGGUGUUACGCCGCCAAUCUCGACCGCGCUGCCGACUGAUAAGGAGUUGGCGAUAAACGAGGCAAUGAUCACGGAGCUCAAAAACCAGAACAACUUCGAGGGCCAGGCAGACACAGAGCGAAGGCAACAGGUGUUGAAGCUGUUUCAGCGCGUCACAGAGGAGUUUGUCAAGCACGUGGGCACCCUCAAGGGGCUUUCACCUUCCGUUAUCGAGAAUGCUGGCGGUGCUGUUCACACGUUUGGAAGCUAUCGUUUGGGAGUCUAUGGACCAGGCUCUGAUAUUGAUACGCUUGUUGUUGGACCCAAGCAUGUUUCACGGGACGACUUCUUCGAACACUUCCCUUCGCUCCUCAGAAAGAUUGGGUCAGAAGACGCCAUUACUGAGCUCACGCUAGUGCGAGAUGCUUACGUUCCCAUCAUCAAGAUCAAGUACCUGGACAUAAGUAUAGAUCUGAUCUUCACGCGGUUGGCACUGUCAGCAGUGCCUCUAGAUCUAGACUUGAAGCAGGACAGCUUGCUGCGCGGCCUUGACGAGACCGACUUGAAGUGCAUUAACGGAACUCGGGUUACUGACGAGAUGCUGGCACUCGUUCCUCAGGUCAAGACGUUCAGACAAGCUCUCCGGGCGGUCAAACUUUGGGCUCAACGUCGUGCGAUCUAUGCUAACAUUAUGGGCUAUCCAGGAGGAGUCGCCUGGGCCAUGAUGGUGGCGCGGAUCUGUCAACUUUACCCGAUGGCAGCAGGUGCCACUUUGGUCAACAAGUUCUUCCAUCUUAUGUGGGAGUGGCCCUGGCCCAGGCCGGUUAUGUUGAAGGAGAUAGAGGAUGGUCCGCUGGAUGUCAGAAUAUGGAAUCCGCAGAUCUAUCCCGGGGACAAGCGUCACAUCAUGCCCAUCAUCACGCCCGCCUAUCCAUCAAUGUGUGCUACUCACAACAUCUCCUACUACACGAAAGAGGUCAUCAUCCGGGAACUCGAGCGCGCAAAGAGCAUCACUAACCAGAUCAUGGAUGGCAAGAAGCAGUGGAAAGACUUAUUCGAGAAGAGCCCAUUCUUCACUCAGGGCUACAAGUACUAUCUGAGCGUGAUCGCUGCAAGCAAGACGAAGGAAGCCCACGAUGUCUGGUCCGGCCUUGUUCAAUCUAAGGUGAGGAGGCUUGUCACAGGGAUCGAACAGUCCGAUACUGGUGUCGCACUUGUGCAGCCUUUCAACAAGGGUUUUGAUCGAGUUCACCACUGCAAGAGCAAAGAUGAAGAAGAGCAGGUUUGUCAGGGAAAGCUGGAUUUUCAAGUCGACAAGACUGAAACUACUGAAGAAGCCAAGAACAUCAAGCAGAAUGCAGCGGCUGAAGGCGAAGGGGCCAACUCGAAAAUGCCUUCUGGAGAAACCCCUGAGGUCAACGAGGACGGCACGACGACCAUUUACACAACUACUUUCUACGUCGGCAUUGGGCUCCAAGAUGGUGCCAAGUCACUCGACAUAUCCUAUCCUGUCGGCGAUUUCAAACGUCAAUGCACUGAAUGGGACCAGUACAACCCUAACCUCAACUCUAUCCGGAUCAUUCAUACAAGGAACUAUGACCUCCCUGCGGAUGUUUUCGAGCCGGGUGACGUCCGACCUACGAAGGCGAAGGCAAAGAAGAAGAGCAAGGUUCCCAGCAACAAGCGCAGCUUCACCGAGACCGGCAUGGAGGGCACAGAGACGAAUGGUUCAGCGAAGAAGCGCCAAUCUCCAAACGGCGUAACCACGCCAGCCGGUUGA